AUGGGUCGCGACAAGAAGAUUGGAAACGCCAUGAAGCGCGGCGAGCAGCACCGCAAGUCCAAGCGGGACAAGGAGCAGGUCAAGCUCCAGCGUCGUAUGGACAUCAAGAAGGCCGAGAAGGGCGUCAACGGCGAGGAGCUGAGGAAGGAGCGUCUGGCCAAGAACAUUCCCCGCACCAUCGACAACUCGCGUGUUUACGACAGCUCGUCGUACCUCACUGCCGACCCGGCAACCUUGCGUGCUGCCGAGGCUCGCGCCGCCGAGGCCUCGAGGCUGGUGAACGCACCUGCCGAGGAUGAGGCGAUGGACGAGGACGAGGCCAGCGACGACGACGAGGAUGAGGAUGAGGAUGACGAGGAUGAGCCCCAGGCUGGCCCGUCGCGUGCCCGCGGCAAGGGCAAGGCCGCCGAGGCCAUUGAGGAGGACGAGGAGGACGACGAUGACGACGACGAGGAGGAGGGUGAGGAGGACGAGGAGACUGAAGAGGCUACCGAGACCGCCCAGCCCCUUCCCCCCUCUGCUCCUCCCCGUGUUCUCCUCACCACUUCGCCUGGCCCGACCAAGAGCACCUACCAGUUCUGUGACGACCUCAAGUCCAUCUUCCCCGGUGGCGAGUUCUUCAAGCGUCCCAAGGGCCGCGGCUUCGAGCUUGGCCGCGUCGCCCGCUGGGGCGCCAAGCGUGGCUUCAACGCUGUUAUUGUCGUGAACGAGGACCACAAGGCACCUAACGCCGUCACUAUCAUCAACCUCCCCGCUGGACCAACGGCCUAUUUCAAGCUCUCAAGCGUGCAGCUUGGCUCGCAGAUCUACGGACAUGCUAGGCCCACUGCCCACUCGCCCGAGCUCAUCCUCAACGGCUUCACUACCCUUCUGGGUAACACUGUCGGUCGCAUGUUUGGCCAGCUCUUCCCCUCUCUCCCCCAGUUCCGUGGUCGCCAGGUCGUGACGCUGCACAACCAGCGCGACUUCCUCUUCUUCAGGCGACACCGUUACGCCUUCACCUCGCCCACGUCUGCCAAGUUGCAAGAGAUUGGCCCCCGCUUCACCCUCAAGCUGAGAUGGAUGCGCAAGGGUCUCCCAUCGGUCCGCACGGCCGACGGCCGCAUGCCCACUGGCGGCGACAAGGGCGCCGACGACGAGGAGUUUGCCAUUGACGACGACGAGGAGACCGAGGCCCAGGAGAAGAUGGACGAGGAGGAGGCGGCUGCCGAGAUGAGCAAGCCCCAAAAAGCGCAGGCGCAGACCACGCCCAGUGGCCAGGCUAUCCCGGCUCUCGACGAGGAGCAGGAGUACGAGUGGAAGUGGAAGGUGGGUUUGAAGCCUUUGGAUAAAGCUAACCCGCAACAGCCCAAGAUGGAAGUUUCGCGCCCACCUCCGCAUCCCCCCACGACUUCCUCCCCCCCCCUUCCCGCUGCCCCCCCCGAAAUCUUUGCCCAUCAUGGCCGAAAGCUUAUCCCCCAGCUGGACCGCCACCUGGCCAUCCCUCUGCUCAACUACCUCGCCGACUCGGACAUCUUCCCUGCUCCCCAGGUGACCAAGGCCCAGUAUGACCUUGUCAAGCAGGGCACCAACAUGGUCGACUACAUCGAGGGACUGUACGAGCAGGCCAAGAGCGAGGGCGUGAGCGUUGAGCCGAUGAACUUUCAGAAGCUGCGCGACGACGCGACCACAAAGUACAAGGAGCUGCAGGAGGCCGCUCAGCCGAUCAUGAAGGUCAUCGAGGACCCCGAGGCGGUGGCAAAGCUCAAGGGCGGUGUGGACAAGGAGAAGAACCUCGACCUCUUGCGGUCAGAGUACAACAUUUCGCUCGAGCAGAUCAACGCGCUGUACCACUUUGGUCAGCUCCAGUACUCGCUCGGUUCGUACGCCGACGCUGCCAACUUCCUCUACCACUUCCUCAUCUUCUCCCCCUCGUCCGAGCUCAACAUGUCGGCUCACUGGGGUAAGCUCGCCGCCAACAUUCUCUCGGGAGAGUGGGAGGCUGCCCUUGUCGAGGUCAAGGACCUGCGCGACCUGAUCGACAACCCGCACACCGCCGCCCAGGCCAAGCCCCUCACCCAGCUCCAGGCCCGCACCUGGCUCCUCCACUGGUCGCUCUUUGUCUUCUUCAACCUCGGCGAGGGCCAGGGCUGCCAGGGUCUCCUCGAGAUGUUCCUCUCGCCCGCCUACCUCAACACGAUCCAGACCUCGUGCCCUCACCUCCUCCGCUACCUGGUCGCUGCUGCCAUCAUCAGCCGCCGCGCCCCCAAGCCCGCCGGCUCCCGCUCCAACCGCGACCACGUCAAGGACCUGACGCGCAUUGUCCAGAUGGAGGAGUACCAGUACUCGGACCCCGUCACUGCCUUCCUCAAGGACCUCUUCUGCGACUUUGACUUUGACAAGGCGCAGCAGCGCCUGGCCGUUGCCGAGAACGUUGUCCGCUCCGACUUCUUCCUGUCGGGCUUUGCCGACGACUUUGUCGAGAACGCCCGCUGGCUCAUCUCGGAGAUCUUCUGCCGUAUCCACCAGCGUAUCGACAUUAGCGAUCUGUCCAAGACGCUCAACCUCUCCAACGAGGAGGGCGAGAAGUGGAUCGUCAACCUCAUCCGUGACUCGCGCAUGGGCGUGGAUGCCAAGAUCGACCUCAAGUCUAAUAUGCUCCACAUCUCGAGGCCGCACACCACCCCCACCGCGACCCUCAUCGAGACCACCCGUGGCCUCGCCUUCCGCUCCCAGGCGAUCCAGUACGCGAUGCAGAACACCUCGGAGCAGCGCCAGGGUGCCGGCGAGCGGGGUAACCGUCGCGAGAACGCCGGCGAGCGCCGUGGUGGCCGUGGCGGCAGGACCGGCGGCAAUCAGUCCAGGCCAGCUGCCGAGUCGGCGGCCGCGGCACCUGCCGCUGCCCCCGAGGCUGAGGUGGCUGCGUAG